GUAUUUGAGUCAAUGGUGGAAAACGCACACCCCAGUUGACGGCCUUCAAUUCGUUAUUUAUUUAUUUAUUGAUGAUCAGCCUUCUUGCUGGCUCUAUUCUCGCACAAUCCAACCCAUUCCUUGUUUUGUCAACAAUUUCAGGACGCAAGAAAUUGGGUCCCGAUGGAGGGUCUGCCUGAUCAGUUAGUUUGGGAGAUUUUGGGGAGAAUUAAGAAGACUAUUGAUAGAAAUGCCGCAUCUUUAGCAUGUAAACGCAUACAUGAAUUGGAUAAAGAACAAAGAGAAUUUCUAAGGGUUGGGUGUGGAUUAGAUCCCGCUAAUGAAGCUUUAACUUCCCUCUGCGUUCGAUUUCCAAACUUGACAAAAGUAGAAAUCAUUUACUCUGGAUGGAUGUCCAAGUUGGGAAAACAGUUGGAUGAUGGAGGGCUUCUGAUACUAUCCAAUCACUGCCCUUCUUUGAUUGACCUGACACUGAGCUUUUGCACCUUCAUCACUGAUGUUGGUCUAGGCCAUUUGGCUUCUUGCACAAAGCUUAGAGCUCUGAAGUUGAAUUUCACCCCAGGCAUCAGUGGUUGUGGGAUUUUGUCUCUGGCCGUUGGGUGUAAGAACCUAUCCACACUCCAUCUGAUCCGAUGCUUGAACGUUAGCAGCGUUGAGUGGCUGGAGUAUCUCGGUAAGCUUGAGACUCUAGAGGACCUCUCGAUCAAGAACUGUAGGGCUAUCGGAGAAGGUGAUCUUGUUAAGUUGGGGCCUGGUUGGAGGAAGCUUAAAUGCUUGCAGUUCGAGGUGGAUGCCAAUUAUAGGUACAUGAAGGUAUAUGAUCGCUUAGCAGUGGACCGAUGGCAGAAGCAGUGGAUUCCUUGCGAGUCAAUGAAGGAGCUCAGCUUGGUGAAUUGCCUCAUCAGUCCUGGCAGAGGGCUUCUGUGCGUAUUAGGAAAAUGCAAGGCACUGGAGAAGCUUCAUUUAGACAUGUGUGUUGGGGUUCGGGACAGCGACAUCAUGAGUUUAGCCCAAAAUUCAAGCAACCUUCGAUCCAUCUCUCUGCGAGUACCGUCGGAUUUCUCGCUUCCCAUGUUGAUGAACAAUCCGUUGAGAUUGACUGAUGAGAGUUUAAGGGCAAUUUCUCAAAACUGUCCUAUGCUGGAAUCAGUCAAGAUAUCUUUCUGUGAUGGAGAGUUCCCAUCAUUCUCCUCUUUCACCUUGCAUGGCAUCCUUGCUUUGAUCCAAGCAUGUCCAAUUCGUGUUUUGGCGCUCGACCAUGUUUACUCAUUCAAUGACCUUGGAAUGGAGGCUCUAUGUUCGGCUCAUUCUCUUGAAACACUAGAGCUUGUGAAAUGUCAAGAGAUCAGUGAUGAUGGUCUGCAGCUUGUCAGGCAUUUACCUCGUUUGAGUAUUCUGAGGCUAUCUAAGUGUCUGGGUGUGACAGAUGCCGGGUUGAAGCCACUAGUGGGUUCGCAGAAAUUGGAAUUGCUGACGGUGGAAGAUUGUCCGCAGAUCUCCGAGAAAGGCACUCAAGGGGCUGCAAAGUCUGUAUCAUAUAGACAAGACUUAUCAUGGAUGUAUUGAACUUGAUGCUCGAUCAUGUGUUCUUGUAGGUUUGAUUUUACUAAAGACUGCUUCUUGAAGAUACCAACAGAUGAAGUUCCAGUGUUUAUUGUCAGUUUGCCAGGUUUGCAGUGGUGUAUAGUAUAGUCCAAAUAUAUGUGUGAUUUAUGUAUUUAUCAUAUAAAUUGGAACGAUAGAGACCAUCAUGGUUUAAUAUAUUCAUGUCAACAUCGUCGCUCUUACACUAUCA